GCGGGAGCUGCGGGCGUGUGCGCGGGGAGCGGGAGCGCGGGCUCAGUCAAACAUCAGCCGCUGCCAGACAUGGAUGAAGGAAUCUCCCGCUUGCCGGAGAGGCAGCUACUGGAGCAUAGGGAUUUUAUAGGGCUGGACUACCCUGCCCUGUAUAUGUGCAAACCCAAAAGAGGCGUGAAGAGGGACGAUAGCAAGGAAACGUACAAACUGCCACACAGACUGAUAGAAAAGAAGAGGCGAGACAGGAUUAACGAAUGCAUUGCCCAGCUGAAGGAUUUGCUGCCCGAGCAUCUCAAACUGACGACGUUGGGACACCUGGAGAAAGCGGUGGUGCUGGAACUGACUUUGAAACACUUGAAAGCGCUCACAGCCUUAACGGAGCAGCAGCACCAGAAGAUCAUUGCUUUGCAGAAUGGAGAGCGGUCCAUGAAGUCUCCGGUGCAGGCCGACCUGGACGCCUUCCACUCGGGCUUUCAGACGUGCGCCAAGGAAGUGCUGCAGUACCUCUCCCGCUUCGAGAGCUGGACCCCCCGCGAGCAGCGAUGCGCCCAGCUCCUCGGCCACCUGCACUCCAUCUCCUCGCAGUUCCUCCCCGGCCCCCAGCUCCUCUCCCCGCCGCCGGGCCCCCUCAGCAAGGGAUCCUCCUCCUCUUCCUCCCCGCCCGCCCCCCCCUGCGCUCCGGGCCACAAGCCGGAGGGCCAGGCUAACUGCGUGCCCGUCAUCCAGCGGACUCACGCCGCCGAGCUCAGCGCCGAGACCGACACGGACACGGACAGCGGCUACGGCGGAGAGGGCGAGGCGCGCCCCGAGCGCGGCCCCGCGGCGGCAGCGGCGGCCGGCGGGGCCCUGCCCGCCCUGGCCAUCAAGCAGGAGCCGUCGGGGGACGAGCUGCCCCCCGCGCCCAAGCGGCGGAAGCUGGACCGCGGCCCGAGCCCCCUGCCCGGCCCGCCGGGGCUGGCGGCGAGGGGCGCAGAGGCGGCGGCGGCGGCGGCGGCCGCGCUGGUGAGACCCGACGCCGCCCUGCUGGGCUCGCUGAUGGCCCUGGGCGCGGGCGGCGGCGGGGCCCCCUUCGGACAGCCGGCGGCCGCCCCUUUCUGCCUGCCCUUCUACUUCAUCUCGCCCUCCGCCGCCGCCGCCUACAUGCAGCCCUUCCUGGAUAAAGGCAGCCUGGAGAAGUAUCUUUACCCCGCCGCCCCCAUCCCGCUGCUCUACCCGGGCAUCCCUGCCCAGGCGGCCGCCGCCGCGGCCGCCGCCGCCGCCUCCUUCCCCUGCUUGUCCUCGGUGCUCGGCCCCGCCGAGAAGGCGGCGGCCGCCGCCGCCGGGCUGCCCCCGGCGCCCCACCUCCCGCACCCCUUCGCUGCCGCCGCCGCCGAGCCCGGCGAGGAGCCCGAGCCCGCGGCCGCCGAGGAGCCCGGCGCCGAGGGCCCGUGAGCCGCCCCCGGGGCUCCCCCGCCGCCGCCGCCCUCCCCUCGGACCGAGGGACCGCCGGGCCGGCACCCGCACCCCCCGGUUUGCCGCGGAGGGCAGGGGUCGCCGGGAUGCCGGGGCCCGGCCCCCGCAAGAGGACCGUCGAGGAUAAGAUUUGCUACUCAGUAUUUUUUUAAUGUCUGGCUUUAUAAAUGCGUAAAUAAGGAAAAAAAAAAAAAAAAAGAAGAAGGAAGAGGACAUAGUAAGGAUACUUUUUUUUUUUUUCUCUAUAUAGAGUAACUUAAAUGUGGCACCUUAUUUGGAAUGGGUUUAUACAGUGUGUCCGUAUGUCCCACUUGGGAACUUGCACUUGUUGUCCGGGAGACCUGGGUGGGUUCAGGGUGAGGGCAGGGGGCGAGGCGAGGGAGGAAGGGCAGACCCCAGCACCUGUGCUAGCACUUUAUCGAGGACCGGAGCGUGGAGGGAUGCACCCUGAGCCCAAACCUGCAGUGCCUUGAGCACCCGGGGAUGCCGCUGGCUCCAGCGAGUUUUGGGUGUGCAAGGGAAGGAGGGUCAGACCCAUUACAUAACCUUGUGUUUAUUUCUUUUUUUUUUUUUUUUUUUUUUUGGCUAAGGUAUACAGGUGUGGCAAGUGCAUUUGUUCUCACCCCGUCUUUAUUUAAUUCAGUAUGUUUCCGAGAGAUUCCCCCCGCCGAACCUUGCUGUAUGAAAUGAAUGUUACUGCACUGAACUACAAAAAGAAUCCCCCCUUCCCUCCCCCAAGAAAACACAGAGCAACUCAUCAGCCUGAACUCAUUCUAUCCUAAAUUCCCAGUGACACAAACUGGAGGCCGUAGGUAAACACCUCGCUGUGCAAUCAGGAACGAUUAAACCAGCUGGGGUAAGUUUCCCAUAUGGGUUCUCCCCUCAUCCCAUGCUCAAAAUACUGCGAUUUCCCUUUCUGGAGACAAACCAGACGCCAGAUAAUCACACAGAUAAAGCUUUUUAUAAUAAGGCUUAAACCAAGACCUUGCCUAGAUAUUUUUAGUUUGUUGCCAAGGUAGCACUGUGAGAAAUCUCACUUGAAUGUUAUGUAAGAGGUGAGACACCACAGCCUGGCGAGGAGUGUGUGCGUGUCCGGGGUCCGUCAGUCCGUUUGGUGCAUCUGCUGCUGCUGUUGCUACUGUUUUGCCUCAAACGCUGUGUUUAAACAACGUUAAAAACAAACAAAAAAAAAUCUUACUAGCCUACAGAGUGGCUGUAUGUAAAUAGUUGUUAAUACAUCCAAUUAAUGAUGUCUGACAUGCUAUUUUUGUAGGGAGAAAAACAAAAAAUAUGUGUUAAUGAUAUUUUGAGUUAAAUAUCUUUUGGGAGGAUUUGCUGAAAAAGUUGCACUUUUGUUACAAUGCUUAUGCUUGAUACAAGCUUAUGCUGUCUUAAAUUAUUAAAAAAAAAAUAAAUCCUGUCUGCAAGAAACCAGCUGUUUUAGAACAGUUUAGUAUGUGAUAUAUUAGAAAUCAAUCUUUAUAUUCAGUAUUUUCCAGCACUCCAUGAAUUCUAUUAUCUAAAUAUUUCCACACUAUUUUGUGAUUAAAAAAAAUUCUUACUAAGGAAUAAAAAGUUUAAUACACAAAAUGGGGUUGUCUACUAAUUAAAAA